GGUUAUCUUUUGAAAUUCAUUGGAAAUCCACAUCACAUUCUCAACACCUUCGAGUGUGAAUUUUCAACCAUUAGUUAACAUUUGGAUCAACUCCCGGAGGUCACUGAUGAUGAACAUUUUCAUGCAGUUGUCAAUUGGGACAACUUCAGCACCAGUGCCUUGCUAAAGUUCAAUGAAUUAACAGAUGAGUACUUAAAAGAUGUACCGAUGCUUCCAGGUUUGACAUGUGCUGAAGGGAAUUGCAAGUUAAAGGAGCACAUGAAUGAUAUAAAUGAGACAUAUGAGCAAAUAAUUGAUUGCCUGCGAAUAGCUAGCCAUGAGAUGAUGCAGAGAGACAGGAAACAUUCACACCCUCAAGGCUGGGUAAAAAUAGUAUUGACCCAUGAAGAAGGCAGUUUCUCCUGCCUCAGGACAGGCUGAUAGCAGUAACAUUGCAGACGGCAAGGAUACCAAUAAGCUAAGGGAGCUGCAGAUACUGGAUGCUGAACUAGGAAGCUUAAAGAGGGGAUCUCGGGUAUACAUUCAGCAGCCCAACAGCCAGGUGUUCUUCUUGGGAAAGCUGCCAGAGGUGCGUUCUUCAGUGAAACAGGAGCUCAAGUCGCAUGGUAACGUGACGCUGACGCAAUGAACAAGGAGAUCGUCAAGAUAAACCAGUGGCUGGUGGACACGCUUGGCACAGCGGACGUGCCUGCCUACGAAGUGGACCGGCGCACGCUGUCGCUGUUGCAGCAGUUGCAAGCAACUGUCGACGCCAAUGACGAGCACGCACGCCGGCUAACGGAGCACCUGCGCGUCACGCGCGCCGCGUACGCCGCCGAGCAGCGCCGACUGGAGGCGGCGCAGCGCCGUCUGGGCGUGGAGCGUGUCCACCUGGCGUCCGACUCCCAGCGUGUGCUCUCGGCGCUGGCGCACUCGGCGCAGCUGCUCGGCCUGGACCGACCGAGUCCGGCCGGUUUGCUGCUGGAGCACGCCCGCCUCGAACGGGAGCAGCAGGCGCUGGCCGCGCGACUGGAGCGCGAACAGGCCGGGCUGCGCGGGCAGCAGGCCGACGUGAAGCAGCUGCUGGUGCAGGAGGCGGCGCUGGAGCGGCAGCUCACCGAGGCGGCCGCGCAGCAGGGCGCCGACGAGGCUGUCAUUCAACAGAAACUGGCCAAAUCGCGCUUCCUUUCCGGAAAGAUGCAGGAGUACAAGAGUCUCGUGAGAAAGCAAGAGGGCAUUCUCGCCCAGCGAGGAUUCUCUGAGGAGCUGACGCACGACAUGAUUUUGCGGCGUUUCGAGUUUCUGACGCAGAAGCGCGGCUCUCUGGAGCAGCUGCAGCUGAAACUGAAGCAGUUCGGAGAACUGCCACCCGAUGCCGACCUGGCGCGGGUGAAAAUCGCCGAAAUGGAAGCAGAGCUGGAGAAGCUGGAGGCCCAGUUCAAUGACAAGAUUCAUGGUAUACAUACAGCCGGAUCGAGCGGAUAAGCACGACGGUCCUUAUAGCGUUUUCCGGCUUUGUUUUUAGGCAGUUAUUCAAGGCCGAAAGUUCACCGUUGGUCGCUCACUCCGCCAAUGUAACACUUCAAUAAUGUGCGCUCGCUGUUUGUAACAAAAUAAAUGUUUAGAUGCUUA